AUGGCUGAAGUGAUUGGUGUUUCAGAAUUAUACAAGCAUUAUGGCAUAUUAGCAGAUGCUGCUGAUAAAAAUCAGCAUGCCGAAAGUUACAAGAUUAUAUUGCAAGCUACGCAAGGCGAUUCGAAAGAGAAGCUACUUUCAGCCUCAUUUAUUCCUAAAUUCUUCAAGCAUUUCCCAGAUUUAGCUGAAGAAGCCUUCGAUAAGCAGAUUGAUUUAAUUGAAGAUGAAGAAAGUAAUGUGCGGAAGGCUGCUGUAAAGCAUUUUCCUGAACUUUGUAAGGACGAUAGCCAAUAUUGCAAGCGGGUAGCUGAUAUCCUGACGCAGUUUUUGGUAACAGAUAUUGAUGCUGAAGUGACAUUGUGCAGAAGAAGUAUGAUUACUUUAUUGGUUGCUGAUCCUACUGGAGUUUUAGAGGUUAUCUUCUCUCAUAUCAAAAGUAAUGCUCAAAUACAAGGCAAAGGCUUGAAUUGUAUGCGUCGAUGUGCUAUAGCAUGCCUCAAAGUAGCUGUAAAUGAGCUGAAAGGGACUUUAUUUAACUCAAACGAAGACAAUGAACGGUUUCUAGCGGAGCAGAUUAAAAACCCUAAAGAUAGCAAUAGUGUUGGUCGCAUCUUGUCUUGCCUGAAAUCUACCAUUCCGUUUAUACAGGUUGCUUACAUUGUUAACAAGUUUCCUAGUAAAGCAGGCUCGUCGUCAGCUCAACUGAUGACGUACGUUACGAGAAAUGUUUUACCAGUAUUAAAUUCAAUUGAUGGUGAAGGAGAACGACUUUCGAUACUAAAGUGUUACGCUGAAAUUAGCAAUGGCUGUCACGAUACUACAGUAGCAGAGGCUUGUGCACCUUUGCUGUAUCCGAUCUUGAUCCAAUAUCUUCCUGAACCACCAGAUAAUAGUCAAGAGGCGAAAGAGGAGUCCAAUGAUACUGAGCCUAAUUAUCAGUUUUCUUAUGUAGAAUGCUUAUUGUAUACUUUUCAUCGGUUGUGCAGUGAGUCUCAAACAUUUAUCAGCGAAGAUGGCGAUAAGUUCAAAGAUUUCAAGAAGAGACUACAGUAUUUUACGUUGUGUUGUCAAAAUUAUACAAAGCGAUUGAGAUCCUUUCUACAAGAAAGGACUGCCGCGGCAUUGAAGUUGGAAAAGAAUCAGAUUAAGCUCCAAGCCAUCAAGACCAUGACUAAUAUUACAAAUUUAGUGAAGGAUUUUUUCCGAAAUCCUCUUUCGUUUAAGACGCAAGUAACGCUAUCCUGGCAAUCCACAGCUGACAGUGCGUCUACGGCGCUACCGAACGAAAGCAAAGGGCAACGGAAAAGAAUUACGUUCGAUGCAGCACCUGUUCCUGCUAAGAAAGCUAACACUACUGCAAAGCAAGGCGGAAAUAAACCGAACCGUCAACCUUAUCGACCUCCUUAUAGGCGAUCUAAUUGGUCUUAA